AUGGUCUCUACUCCUUCAAAACGCAGCGCCUCGACGACUCCGGAUGGUGCAAGACCUCUCAAGAGACAGGCGACAUCCUCUCCAGAGGAAGGCGAGCUCGACGACGCGUCUCCUUCACCUGUAGCGCCGGCGACUAGCGCAGCCACCCCGCCACUGAAGCUCCCAAGUAAGGUCAAAUUUCCUUUCAAGAAGAAGUCUGUUGUCGAGCCGGAGGAGAUUCGAAAGAAUGGUGAUUCGAGAGCGAAGGGGAUGGUAUACGAACAUGUGUUCGAAAGCCAGCACCGCCAUAAAGAAGACGAAGAUUGGAGACGGUCGCGGCCGCGUUCGCGCCAGGGGCGGCACGACGUGUGGACUGCGGCCUCUCGCGCGGGAGACAGAUGGGAACCUACAGCAGAUCGUUACGAGACUGGAAGGUGGGCACAGCCGCAGCACAGUUAUCCGUCUCGUUACCCUCCCCGCGAACGCGAAGCGGACGUCUACCGCCCGAAUUCUCCUCCUCGUCGUGAUUGGGAGAGAGAACGACGGCGGUCAUCGCGAUCGGUGUCUUCACCUCGUUCCCGGUCACCACUUUCUCCGGCGUCUACAAAGGAGAAGCAUCGUUUGCCACCGCCACGGUCCACCACUUCCGUAAAGGACAACUAUUACGACACCGAGAGAUUUUCACGGCGGGAUGAUGAUUACAGCAGAGAGCACCGUCCCCGAGACGAGGACCGGCACUACAGACCACCACCGCUAGAUGAUCGCUGGGACGCUAGACGCGACUGGCACAGAGACAGACGCAGAGACGGGGGUUCAUUGGACCGUGAAGGUGACUCCUACCGCCCGGUGUCUCCUCGUGCAAUAACUCCCCCCCGUCCUCUUUCACCGCACACUCCACCACGACCUCAGGUCGAACACAAAUCCCCCAUGUCUUCACAGCAGCCGCCCGUAUCUCCCGCAAAUACUGUCCAGCCUUCGGCCCUUUCGACGGGACAUUUGAAUGUGGCGUCGCUACCGUCAAAAAAGCCAACCACACCUGCGAACAUACAUUCACCUGUCUCUGUGCCUUUGGCUAAAACUCGCUCGGACACCAGGAAAGCAGAGAAGAAAGAUGAGAAACGGCAAGUUACGCGGGAAUCUGUCGUGCAGCGUCCCAAACGCAAGCCUGUAGAGCGCACGCGGGAAGACGAAGAGCGUCUUUAUGGCCGUAUGUUUGUGGGCUGCGGAAGGCAGGAGGACUACGAUGUGUUGACGAAACUGGGUGAAGGGACAUUUGGCGAGGUCCACAAAGCCGUACAUCAUAAGAAAGGCCACGUCGUCGCUUUGAAACGGAUCCUAAUGCACAACGAGAAGGAAGGCAUGCCAGUUACUGCCUUACGUGAGAUCAAGAUUCUCAAGGCACUCAAGCAUCCAUGCAUCGUAGAUAUUUUGGAUAUGUUCGUGGUCAAAAGUAAUGGCAGGGAGUCACCACUUUCGGUGUACAUGGUCUUCCCGUACAUGGACCAUGAUCUCGCAGGCCUGUUAGAGAAUGAACGCGUGAAGCUUUCGCCCAGUCAAAUCAAGCUCUACAUGAAACAGCUACUAGAGGGAACCGAGUAUAUGCAUCGGAAUCACAUUCUUCACCGCGACAUGAAGGCAGCGAACUUGCUGAUAUCUAAUACUGGUUCUCUCAAGGUUGCCGACUUCGGUCUUGCGCGGGCGUACGAUCCCAAUAUCGUCAGAGGGGGCGAGUUCAAAGAAGACUUGCGUGGUAAGGAGCGUAAGUAUACCAAUUGUGUGGUGACCAGAUGGUAUCGGCCCCCAGAGCUGCUGCUAGGCGCAAGACAGUAUGGUGGGGAAGUCGACAUGUGGGGUAUUGGCUGUGUUUUGGGCGAGAUGUUCUCGCGAAGACCAAUACUACCUGGAACGUCGGACUUGGACCAGCUCGACAGAAUAUGGCAAUUGUGUGGAACACCGAAUCAGCACAGUUGGCCAAAUUUCGAUAUGCUGCCCGGUUGCGAAGGAGUCAAGCGAUUCCAGAUGUACUCCAGACGAGUGAAGCAAACCUACGAAACUACUGGUCCGGAAACAUGCGAUUUGUUGGACAAGCUGUUGACGUGCAACCCAAGAGAGCGCAUCACAGCAUCGCAGGCUCUGGAUCAUGAUUACUUCUGGACAGACCCUCUACCGGCGGAUCCAAAAACCCUUCCAACGUACGAGGCGUCACACGAGUUCGACAAACGCGGCCGUCGCCAUCAAGGUCUUGCAGGUCUGCCGGGUCCAAUGCAUAUGGAUGGACCACCAAGACCCCUGCCGAUGCCUCUCAUCCAACAACAUCCGAUGCAUUCUCGACGUGGUCCACCUCCCCCUCGCGAAGUAUUUCGUACCGGACCUCCGCCUCAACACUACCCUCAUCCGCCGUUUCCCCCUCCGUCAUCUUUCUCUGCUUAUCCUCCUCCAGGAUAUCCACAUCCUCCCCCUCCCCCUCCUCGUUACCCGGUUGGGGGACCUGGUCCUCCAAUGAUGAUGCCGCCGUAUUCAUUGCAUCCUGGUCAGCCGCCUCCGCCCAUGCCACCUUGGCAGCAGCCCCAAGCCAUGAACCGACCCGCACAUCUCCCUGCUCGUCCUCCGAUUCCCGUAGGUCGGGGAGGUGGCUACAAUCCCCGGGACCCAUAUCAAUCGCGUCAAGAAGCACUUCCAGGGUAUGGCGGCGGCGAAUUAAAUUACGGUUAG